AUGGGGUGUGGGAAUUUGUUCUUCACUUUAGUAAUAACUUUAUCAGCAGCACUGAUCACUUACAACAUAAUCAUAUCUGCAAAUGCAUCUCUCAAGCAAGAAUUCCCUGGCCCUUCGAACCCUUCAUCGGGCUUAUCAUCAUUUUCAGUGGACCCCAUCAUCAGGAUGCCGGGGGACACGUCAUCAUCCGCCUCUAAGAAAACUAAGAGGCUGUUCCACACAGCAGUCACAGCCUCAGAUUCAAUCUACAAUACUUGGCAGUGCAGGGUGAUGUACUACUGGUUCAAGAAACAGAAAAAUAAACCAAAUUCUAAGAUGGGCGGCUUCACAAGAAUUUUGCACUCUGGAAAGUCUGAUCGCUUCAUGGAUGAGAUUCCCACAUUUAUUGCCCAGCCACUUCCCUCUGGAAUGGAUCAGGGAUAUAUAGUCCUAAACAGACCGUGGGCAUUUGUGCAGUGGCUUCAACAAGCAAACAUUAAAGAAGACUACAUUUUGAUGGCGGAGCCGGACCACAUUUUAGUCAAGCCCAUCCCAAACCUAUCUAGAGAUGGCCUUGGAGCCGCAUUCCCUUUCUUUUAUAUUGAGCCUAAGAAGUAUGAGUCUGUACUGCGGAAGUUUUUUCCUGAGGAAAGAGGACCAAUAACUAACAUCGAUCCCAUUGGGAAUUCUCCUGUCAUUGUGGGGAAGGAUGCCCUGAAAAAGAUAGCCCCCACUUGGAUGAAUGUUUCCUUGGCAAUGAAGAAGGAUCCUGAGGCGGAUAAAGCUUUUGGUUGGGUACUUGAGAUGUAUGCAUAUGCUGUUGCUUCAGCGUUCCACGGUGUGGGUAACAUCUUGUACAAGGAAUUCAUGAUUCAGCCUCCUUGGGAUACUGCAAUCGGCAAGGCAUACAUAAUUCAUUAUACUUAUGGAUGCGAUUAUGAUAUGCAGGGCAACUUGACAUACGGAAAGAUUGGAGAGUGGAGAUUUGACAAAAGAUCAUAUGAUAACAGCUGGCCUCCUAGGAACCUUCCAUUGCCACCGCCUGGUGUCCCAGAAAGUGUGGUUACUCUGGUAAAAAUGGUGAAUGAAGCCACUGCUAAUAUUCCAAAUUGGGGUUCUUGA